CUGUCAAGUAAGGCGCCGUGUCAAGUCAGUUGUGAUUCGAUGACUAACCCAGACUGACGUGAACCGGACCCGGCAUGCAGUAUAUCAGCAGAGCAAUGUGUACCACUCAUAUCCCAGGCUGGUCUCUGACAGGUCUCCGUGAGUCCCCUCAGAUCUAAUAGGCCGUCGACAGUGAACACACUUACUACUGUUGUCUCCUCAUAUCAUGUCGGACGGUCACUUCUCCACGCGCAACGAGAAGCGGCCUGCUUCUCAGGACACUCAUACAUCACAAAUCAAGUCGAAAAGAUCGAGGCGCGGCUUUUUCUCCAGGAACAAAGAUUCAUCCGUCAUGGUCGAGAAAAAUGAUCCAGAUGUUGCUGUCGAUGUUAAGCCAGCGGAAUCUACUCCACCCGUCUCUUUCUUCUCGCUAUUCCGAUUCUCAAAUUCGUUCGAGAUUACACUUGAUAUCAUUGGUAUAGUCUGCGCCGCUGGCGCUGGCGCAGCUCAGCCUCUCAUGAGCCUGCUAUUCGGUAGUUUAACCCAAGACUUCGUCAACUUCAAUCUCGCAGAAAACAAUUAUACUGCAACGGUACAAAGCGGCAACGCCGCUUCCAUCGCGCAAGCUCAACAGAUUCUGGAUGCCGCUGCAGCGAGUUUUCGCACAAGUGCCGCACUAGAUGCCUCCUAUCUGACCUACAUUGGUGUCGGCAUGUUCGUGUGCACAUAUGCGUACAUGGCUAUUUGGGUUUACACCGGCGAGGUUAAUGCGAAAAGAAUACGAGAACGGUAUCUCCGGGCGGUUCUUCGCCAGGAUAUUGCUUUCUUCGAUAAUGUCGGAGCUGGAGAAGUUGCUACCCGCAUUCAAACUGAUACUCAUUUAGUACAACAGGGGAUAUCCGAAAAAGUCGCUCUCGUUGUGAGCUUCCUAUCCGCAUUCCUUACAGGUUUCAUUCUCGCAUAUUCCCGAUCAUGGCGCCUUGCUUUGGCGCUGACUUCGAUUUUUCCAUGCAUUGGCAUAACUGGGGUUGUCAUGAAUAGAUUUGUCUCCAAGUAUAUGCAAAUGUCCCUCAAGCAUGUCGCGGAGGGAGGAACCCUUGCUGAGGAGGUCAUCUCCACUGUCAGAACUGCACAAGCUUUCGGUGCUCAAAAAUUCCUGUCGUCUUUGUAUGACAAGCACAUCGAUGGGUCCCGCAUUGUUGACUCAAAGGCUGCCAUUUGGCAUGGUGGAGGAUUGGCCUGCUUCUUCUUUAUCAUCUAUAGCGCCUAUGCUCUCGCCUUCGACUUUGGCACUACCCUCAUCAAUGAGGGAUACGCUAACGCCGGCGCAGUCGUAAACGUCUUCUUGGCUAUCUUAAUUGGUUCGUUCUCUUUGGCCCUUCUUGCACCUGAGAUGCAAGCGAUCACUCAUGGACGUGGCGCUGCUGCCAAGCUAUAUGCUACGAUCGAACGUACCCCCGAAAUCGACUCCGCCGACCCGGGAGGUCUGAAACCCGAAAAGGUCGUUGGUGAGAUUACCCUCGAGGACGUUAAAUUUAGUUAUCCCUCCCGCCCCGACGUCCCCAUCCUUAAGGGUCUCAGCAUCAAUUUCCCUGCCGGUAAGACUGCUGCACUUGUUGGAGCAUCCGGUUCUGGAAAGUCAACCAUCGUCUCACUUAUCGAGCGUUUCUAUGAUCCACUGAGUGGCUCCGUCAAGCUUGACGGUGUCGAUUUGCGGGCGUUGAACCUGAAGUGGUUGCGAUCUCAGAUCGGUCUAGUUUCCCAAGAACCCACACUGUUUGCGACCACGAUCAAAGGCAACGUCUCACAUGGCCUCAUUGGUACCCCAUUUGAAAACGCUUCUGAAGAAGAGAAAUUCAAACUCAUUAAAGAGGCAUGUAUCAAGUCAAACGCCGAUGGCUUCAUUACCAAGCUACCGCAAGGGUAUGAUACGCUGGUCGGCGAACGUGGGUUCUUGUUAUCAGGUGGGCAGAAGCAGCGUGUAGCUAUCGCUCGUGCCAUCGUCUCCGAUCCCCGCAUCCUCCUUCUUGACGAGGCCACCAGUGCGCUUGAUACGCGAUCCGAGGGCAUCGUGCAGGACGCAUUGGAUAAGGCCGCUGCUGGACGUACGACUAUAACCAUCGCUCACCGACUCUCGACGAUCAAAGAUGCGAAUAUGAUCUUUGUAAUGGGAGAUGGUCUCGUUCUGGAGCAGGGUACCCAUAAUGAGCUCUUGGCCGAUGAGAAUGGCGCAUACUCGCGCCUUGUCCAGGCCCAAAAGCUGCGUGAGGCCGAGACCGAGAGCACAACAACAGCUGGCGACGAAGAAGAUAUGGAGAAGGUCGUUCUGGAGGAGGUUCCCCUUGGUCGCAAGAAUACUAGUCAUUCGGUUACCAGCGACAUCGUCAACAAACGCAACGAGGAGAAAGAGAGGGGCGAGACCAAGGAAGACGAAUACGGCCUGUUUUAUCUGUUCAAACGUGUGGGAGCUCUUCUCCGGGGGCAACUGCACCGAUAUGCCAUUGGUGCUUUCUUUGCAAUUUGCAGUGGCGCUGUUUAUCCUGCAUUUGGUAUCGUGUAUGGUCAAGCGAUUUCUGGAUUCUCUGCGCCCACAAACGCUGAAAGGCGUUAUGAUGGCGAUCGCAAUGCUCUAUGGUUCUUCAUCAUCGCCAUCUUGUCUACGAUAAGCAUCGGCUUCCAAAACUACUUCUUUGCAUCGUCUGCAGCAACCCUGACGGCUAAAUUACGGUCAAUCAGCUUCAAGGCCAUCCUUCGCCAAGACAUUGAAUACUUCGACAAGGAGGAGAACAGCACUGGUGCACUGACGUCGGGUCUAAGUGAAAAUGCGCAGAAAGUAAAUGGCCUUGCUGGCGUCACUCUCGGAGCAAUCCUGCAGUCGAUCACCACACUGGUCGCCGGGUCGCUGAUUGGAUUGUGCUAUGCCUGGAAGCCAGCUCUGGUCGGAAUGGCGUGUAUUCCUGUACUUGUGUCUGCAGGCUACAUUCGUUUGCGAGUAGUUGUCUUGAAGGACCAGCAGAACAAGGCAGCACAUGCGUCGUCUGCGCAGCUUGCUUGCGAGGCUGCCUCAGCUAUCCGUACCGUCGCAUCACUGACGCGCGAGGAAGACUGCAUACAGCUCUACAGCGCCAGCUUAGAAGAGCCCCUGCGCAAAUCGAAUCGGACGUCGUUGUGGAGUAACUUCUUUUUUUCCCUCUCUCAAUCCAUGUCCUUCUUCGUCAUUUCAUUGGUUUUCUGGUACGGCUCGACGCUUGUCUCGCGGCUUGAAAUCACCGUCCAGGGUUUCUUCAUUGCACUCAUGAGCACAACCUUCGGGGCAAUUCAAGCAGGCAAUAUCUUCGCUUUUGUGCCAGAUAUCUCGUCCGCCAAGGGUGCUGGUGCCGCAAUCAUCAAGCUCAUCGAUUCAAUCCCAGAGAUUGAUGCCGAGUCGACCGAAGGCAGGAGUCUAUCCGAGAAAACCGUCAGGGGCCAAAUUCGCUUCGAGAGCGUCCAUUUCCGUUAUCCGACUCGUCCUGGCGUCCGUGUCCUCCGUGGCCUAUCAUUCAAAGUCGAGCCUGGUACUUAUGUCGCUUUGGUUGGCGCCAGUGGUUGCGGUAAAAGUACAGUUAUCCAGUUGAUUGAACGAUUCUAUGAUCCGUUGGCCGGUCAGGUCUUGCUUGAUGAUGAACCCAUCAAUGAGUUCAACAUUCAGGAGUACAGAAAGCAGCUUGCCCUCGUGUCUCAAGAACCGACGCUCUACGCUGGUACCAUCCGCUUCAACAUUCUGCUGGGUGCCAUCAAGCCAGAGUCUGAGGUUACUCAAGAGGAAAUCGAGGCUGCGUGCCGCAAUGCCAAUGUUCUGGAUUUCAUCAAAUCGCUUCCCAACGGCUUUGACACCGAGGUCGGCGGGAAAGGGUCGCAACUUUCUGGUGGCCAGAAGCAGCGCAUUGCAAUAGCCCGUGCCCUACUCCGCAAUCCGAAGGUUCUUCUGUUAGAUGAAGCAACUUCAGCAUUGGACUCGACCUCUGAGAAGGUCGUGCAGGCGGCUCUUGAUCAAGCCGCGAAGGGUCGGACGACGAUAGCAAUUGCACAUCGUCUCUCGACAAUUCAGAACGCUGACUGCAUAUACUUCAUAAAGGAAGGUCGUGUAAGCGAAGCUGGUACUCAUGACGAGCUCCUUUCGCUCAAGGGCGACUACUACGAAUACGUCCAACUGCAAGCAUUAAGCAAGAGAUAGAUGCCUCAUCUGAUGUUAUUAUCAUUCAGAUCUUAAACAUAUUCGCAUUCCAGUUCUUACAGUGUCAUACCCUCAAUUAAUUCCCGAUGCAUUACGCGUACGACCUUACCAUCCCUGUUCCGGACAAUUAGCCUACAUAGUUUACUCUCAUUUCCGAUGCUAUAGUAGUUCCAUAAUGUCCCUUUGAAUAUCAAGUGAUCAAUGAAUUAAUCUACCCCGG